AUGGAUUUUUCCGACAUCUUCCGCAUAGUCAACCUGGCCGUGGGUGUCCUCAUGGUCCUCGGCGGCAUUGGACAGUUCUGGCCCACAAUCAGCCUCAUCAUCGUCGCAGUCUACGUGAUCAUCUUUGGCCUGUCAACCGGCCUUCUCGAAUUCCAGAUCCCCCCGCAAAUCGCCCGCUAUGCCAGCUUCAUGUUCUCCUUCAUCGGCCGCGGCGCCUUCUACCUCUUCGUCGGCUCCCUCAUCAUCGAUAAUUCGAUUUGGAAGUGGUUGCUCGGAAGCCUGGUGGCUUUUGCAGGAGUGGUGUACAUUGCGCUCGAGUUUGUGCCGAGCAUUGAGCCGCCGGCGAAUAUGAGGGAUGCCGAUGCUGGUUGGGGAGCGGAACAAAUUUAG